AUGACCAAAGCGGAAAAUUCCCAGAGUUCAACCUCAUCAGGCGAAGGAUUAAAAGCUCAAGUAGCUUUUGAUGAAAUAAAUAAGCGUGCUAAAAGCCAACCCGACCUUGUGAAAAAAGUCGGAGCUGUCAUUGUAUUCGAUAUAACAAAGGAUGGCAAGGUUCAACAAAGUUGGACUAUAGAUGGGAAAAAAGGAGCAAUUUAUGAAGGUAAACCAGCAGCAGGAACAACAGCUCAAGUUACAAUUACAGUUGCUGAUGAUGAUUUCGUUGAUUUGGCUUUAGGCAAAGCGAAUGCUCCUGCUCUUUUUGCCAAAGGUAAAUUGAAAGUAAAAGGUAACGUGAUGUUAGCACAAAAGCUAUCGGCAUUAUUCAAAGAUCAAGCGAAAUUAUAA